AUGGCUGCCGAACAACGUCUUGUUGCUUCACCCUGUGACGAGGAUGAUUCCGGACUCCAACUCCAGGAGUUGCCGCUGACUACUGGCAACGGUACCAUUUUUUGUGCCGUUUCUACCGCCACUCAUCGCCCCUUUGUGCCGCCGUCCCUCCGACGC